GGGCCUGGCCCCGGCCGGGCGGUGGGCCCGUUCCCGGCCAGGCCUUAGCUGCGGCUUCGGCCGCUCCCGCGCGGAGCGACAGGCUGGGGGAUCCGCGGACCGAGCGCGGUGAGCUCAAGAGAAGGUCCAAGUGGCACAGCAAUGAUUAGAGACCCUGCUGGGAGCGAACAGCCUCUGGCUGCAUAGGGGCCGGUGGGCUUAUCGUCUGGUGCCUCCAUGGAGACAGGAGGCCCUGGAUUGAACAAUAUGAAGCCCCAGUCACUGCAGCUGGUGCUGGAGGAUCAGGUGCUGGCGCUACAGCAGCAGAUGGCAGAGAACCAGGCAGCCUCCUGGCGGAAGCUGAAGAACUCCCAGGAGGCCCAGCAGAGGCAAGCAGUCCUUGUGAGGAAGCUUCAGGCCAAGGUGUUGCAGUACCGGAGCUGGUGCCAAGAGCUGGAGAAGCAGCUGGAAGCCACUGGGGGACCGAUCCCUCAGAUGUGGGACAGUGUGAAGGAGCCAAACUUGGAACAGCUGCUGAUGCGAUUGGAGGAGGAACAACAGAGGUGUGAGAGUCUAGCAGAGGUGAACACUCAGCUUCGGCUACACAUGGAGAAAGCUGACGUGGUCAAUAAAGCACUUCGGGAAGAUAUGGAAAAACUGACAGUAGAUUGGAGCCGGGCCCGGGAUGAGCUGAUAAGGAAGGAGAGCCAGUGGCGCAUGGAGCAGGAGUUCUUCAAGGGCUACCUGAAAGGGGAGCAUGGUCGCCUUCUCAGUCUGUGGCGGGAGGUGGUGACCUUCCGACGCCACUUCCUGGAAAUGAAGUCAGCCACUGACAGAGACCUGACGGAGCUCAAGGCUGAGCAUGUGAAGCUUUCAGGAUCCCUGUUGACCUGUUGUCUGCGCUUGACUGUGGGAACACAGUCUCGGGAACCUGAUGGAUCUGGGCGACUAGAUGGGAGUGCGCCAACCCAGCUGCUGCUGCUACUAGCCAGGACCCAGGAGCUGGAGAAGGAAGCCCAUGAGAGGAGCCAGGAGUUAAUGCAGCUGAAGAGUCAAGGGGAUCUGGAGAAGGCCGAGCUUCAGGAUCGGGUGACCGAGCUCUCUGCUCUUCUGACCCAGUCUCAGAAGCAAAAUGAAGAUUACGAAAAGAUGGUGAAGGCUCUGAGAGAGACAAUGGAGAUCCUGGAGACAAAUCAUGCAGAAUUAAUGGAGCAUGAGGCAUCUCUUAGUAGGAAUGCCCAAGAGGAGAAGCUGUCAUUACAGCAAGUGAUCAAGGAUAUAACCCAGGUCAUGGUGGACGAAGGGGACAAUAUGUCCCAAGGCUCUGGUCAUGAGAGCACCUUGGAGCUGGACUAUAGUGACUUCUCCUCCCAGUUUGACUCCCAGGACCCAGACAAGGCUGUAACUCUGGUGCGUUCAGUGCUGACUCAGAGACGCCAGGCUGUGCAAGACCUAAGGCAGCAGCUUUCAGGCUGUCAGGAAGCUGUGAGCUUCUUGCAGCAGCAGCAUAAUCAGUGGGAGGAAGAAGGUGAGGCCUUGAGGCAGCGGUUACAGAAGCUCACUGGGGAGCGGGACUCUCUGGCCGGGCAGACUGUGGACCUCCGGGGAGAAGUGGACGCGCUCAGCAAGGAGCGAGCGCUCCUGCAGGAGACCCGGGGAGAGCUGCAGCAGCAGCUGGCGGUGCUGGAGCAGGAGGCCUGGCGCCUGCGCAGGACAAACAUGGAGCUGCAGCUGCAGGGGGACUCUGCUCAGGGCGAGAAGGAGGAGCAGCAGGAGGAGCUGCACCUGGCUGUCCGAGAGAGGCAGCGCCUUCAGGAGAUGCUGGCCGGCCUGGAAGCCAAACAGUCAGAAUCACUCAGUGAACUGAUCACUCUUCGGGAAAACCUGGAGUCAAGUCGCCUGGAAGGGGAGUUGCUGAGGCAAGAGCAAACCGAAGUGACCGCAGCGUUGGCGAGGGCAGAACAGUCCAUUGCAGAGCUGUCGAGUUCUGAGAACAGCCUGAAGGCUGAGGUAGCUGAUCUUCGGGCUGCAGCUGCCAAGCUCAGCGCCUUAAACGAGGCUUUGGCCUUAGAUAAAGUCACGCUGAACCAGCAGCUUCUCCAGUUAGAACAGGAGAACCAGUCUGUGUGCAGCAGAAUGGAGGCCGCAGAGCAGGCGAGAAACACUUUGCAGGUGGGCCUGGCAGAGGUAGAGAGGAGCAGGGAAGCCCUGUGGGAAAAGAACACUCACCUGGAGGUCGAGCUGCAGAAAGCAGAGGAGACCGGGGCUCAGCUGCAGGCAGAUCUCAGGGGCAUCCAAGAAGAGAAGGAAGAACUUCAAGAGAAACUAAGCGAGGCACGUCACCAGCAGGAGGCAGCCUCAGCUCAGCUGGAGCAGCUACAUCAGGAAGCAAAGCGACAAGAAGAAGUGCUGGCCCGGGAAGUUCAGGAGAAGGAGGCCCUAGUUCGGGAGAAGGCAGCUCUAGAGGUGCGGCUGCAGGCUGGGGAGCGGGACCGGCAGGACCUCUCUGAUCAACUACUGGGGCUCAGCUCAGCCAAGGAGUUCCUGGAGAGCAGUCUGUUUGAGGCCCAACAACAAAAUUCUCUGAUAGAGGUCACCAAGGGGCAGCUGGAGGUCCAGAUUCAAACUGUCACUCAAGCCAAGGAAGUAAUCCAAGGGGAAGUAAGGUGCUUGAAGCUGGAACUGGACACUGAACGGAACCGGGCAGAGCAGGAGCGGGAUACAGCAGCCAGACAGCUUGCCCAGGCUGAGCAAGAGGGGCAGACUGCCCUGCAGCAGCUGAAAUCAGCCCAUGAGGAGGAGGUGAACCAGCUCCAGGAGAAAUUGGAGAAAGAGUGCUCCCGGCACCAGCAGGAACUGGGUAAGGCUCUGGAGACCCUAGAGAGGGAGAAAAUGGAGCUAGAAAUGAGGCUGAGGGAGCAGCAGGCAGAGACUGAGGCUCUCCGGACCCAGAAGGAAGAAGAACGGGCCAAGGCCGAGAGCGCCCUAUGCCAGAUGCAGCUCGAGACAGAGAAGGAGAGGGUGUCCCUCCUGGAGACGCUGCUGCAGACCCAGAAGGAACUGGCAGAUGCCAGCCAGCACCUGGAACGGCUGAGGCAGGACAUGAAGGUUCAGAAGUUAAAGGAACAGGAGACCAUUGGAAUGCUGCAGACGCAGCUCCGGGAGGCUCAGCGGGAGCGGGAGCAGGCAGCCCAGCAGCACAGAGAUGACCGCACUGCCCUCCGAGGAGAGAGCAGCUCCCUGCUACAGGAUAAGAUAGACCUGCAGAAGCAGGUGGAGGACUUGAAGUCUCAGCUGGUUUCCAAGGAUGACUCCUGGAGGCUGGUGGAGCAGGAGGUUCAGGAGAAGCGGAGAGAGGCCCAGGAAUGUGGCCGAAUUCAGAAAGAGUUGGAAAGAGACAAAGCCAGCCUGACUCUGUCUCUAGUGGAAAAGGAACAGAGACUCCUUGUUUUAGAAGAAGCUGACUCUGUUCGACAACAGGAGCUGAGUUCCCUGCGCCAGGAUCUGCAGGAGGCCCAGGGAGGGCAGAAAGAGCUCAGUGCCCAGGUGGAACUACUGAAGCAGGAGGUAAAGGAAAAAGAAGCUAAUUUUCUGGCCCAGGAAGCACAACUGCUGGAGGAGCUAGAAGCAUCUCGAGUAACAGAGCAGCAGCUGCGAGCUUCCUUGUGGUCCCAGGAAGCCAAGGAAGCCCAGCUACAGCUGCGGCUGCGCAGCAUGGAGAGCCAGCUGGAGGCGCUGGCUGCAGAGCAGCAGCCCGGGCACCAUGCCCAGGCCCAGCUAGCCAGCCUCUAUUCUGUCCUGCAGCAGGCCCUGGGGUCCGUUUGUGAGAGCAGGCCUGAGCUGAGCGGCGGGGGAGACUCUGCUCCCUCCUUCUGGGGUCCUGAGCCAGAUCAGAAUGGAGCGAGGGUCCUCUUUAAGAGAGGGCCCCUCCUGACAGCUCUCUCGGCUGAGGCGGUGGCGUCUGCCCUCCACAAGCUCCACCAAGACCUGCGGAAGACUCAGCAGGCCCGGGAUGAUCUGAGGAAUCAGGCACAGAAGCUGAAACAGCAUCUCACUGAUACAGAGGCUGAGAAGAGCCAGGUCCAAACAGAGUUGCAGGAUCUGCAGAGACAACUCUCCCAGAACCAGGAAGAGAAAUCCAAGUGGGAAGAAAAACAGAAGUCCCUAGAGUCUGAGCUGAUGGAACUGCACGAAACUGUGGCAUCCUUACAGAGUCGCCUACGGCGAGCAGAGCUGCAGGGAAUGGAAGCCCAGAAUGAGCGAGAGUUACUUCAGGCAGCUAAGGAGAACCUGACAGCCCAGGUGCAACAUCUGCAAGCAUCUGUCGCAGAAGCCAGGGCUCAGGCGAGUGCUGCAGGGGUCCUGGAAGAAAACCUGCGAACUGCUCGCUCUGCCCUGAAAUUGAAAAAUGAGGAGGUGGAGAGUGAGCGCGAGAGAGCCCAGGCUCUGCAGGAGCAGGGCGAGCUGAAGGUGGCCCAAGGAAAGGCUUUACAGGAGAACUUGGCUCUCCUGGCCCAGGCCCUCUCUGAAAGAGAAGGGGAGGUGGAGGCUUUGCAGGAAAAAAUCCAGGAACUGGAGAAGCAGCGGGAAAUGCAAAAGGCGGCUUUGGAAUUGCUGUCUCUGGACCUAAAGAAGAGGAAUCAAGAGGUGGAUCUGCAACAGGAACAGAUUCAGGAGCUGGAGAGGUGCAGGUCUGUUUUAGAGCAUCUGCCCAUGGCCGUCCAGGAGCGAGAGCAGAAGCUGACUGUGCAGAGGGAACAGAUCAAAGAGCUCGAGAAGGAUCAAGAGACGCAGAGGAAUGUGGUAGAACAUCAGCUUCUAGAACUCGAGAAGAGGGACCAAGUGAUCGAGUCCCAGAAAGGACAGAUUCAGGAUCUGAAGAAGCAGCUGGUUACUCUGGAGUGCCUGGCCCUGGAACUGGAGGAAAACCAUCGCAAAGUGGAGUGCCAGCAAAAGGCAAUUGAGGAGCUGGAGAGCCAGAGGGAGGUGCAGAGGGUGGCUCUGACCCACCUCACCCUGGACCUAGAGGAGAGGAGCCAGGAGCUGCAGGUGCAAAGCAGCCAGAUCCACGAGCUGGAGAGCCACAGCAGCCUUCUGGCAAGAGAGCUCCAGGAGAAGGAGCAGGAGGUGAAGUCCCAGCGAGAACACAUCGAGGAGCUGCAGAGGCAGAAAGAGCAUCUGACUCAGGACCUCCAGAGGCGGGACCAGGAGAUGGUGCUGCAGAAAGAGAGGAUUCAGGUCCUUGAAGAUCAGAGGACACUGCAGACCAAGAUUCUAGAGGAGGACCUGGAACAGAUCAAGCUUUCCUUGAGGGAGCGAGGCCGGGAACUGGCCUCUCAGAGGCAGCUGAUGCAGGAGCGGGCAGAGGAAGGGAAGGGCCAGAAUAAAGCACAGCGAGGGAGCCUCGAGCACAUGAAGCUAAUCCUGCGUGACAAGGAGAAGGAGGUGGAAUGCCAGCAGGAGCGUAUCCAGGAACUUCAGGAACACAAGGACCAGCUGGAACAGCAGCUCCAGGGCCUGCACAGGAAGGUGGGAGAGAUCAGCCUACUCCUGACCCAGCGAGAGCAGGAGAUAGUGGUCCUACAGCAGAACCUGCAGGAAGCCAGGGAGCAGGGGGAGCUGAAAGAGCAGUCACUUCAGGGCCAGCUAGAAGAGGCCCAGAGAGCCCUGGCCCAGAGGGACCAGGAGCUCCAGGCCCUGCAGCAGCAGCAGCAGCAGGCCCAGGGGCAGGAAGAGAUUGUGAAGGAAAAGGCAGGCACACUGCAGAGAGCUCUGGAGCAGGCCCACGUGACACUGAGAGAGCGCCAGGGAGAGCUUGAGGACCACAGGGAACAUGUGCAAAGACUCAAGGAAGAACUGACAGUGGAGGGACAACGGGCACAGGCCCUGGAGGAGGUGUUGGGUGACCUAAGGGCUGAGUUUCAGAAGCAGGAGAAGGCUCUGUUGGCCCUCCAGCAACAGUGUGCGGAGCAGGCACAGGAGCACGAGGCAGAGGCCAAGGCCUUGCAGGAUAGCUGGCUACAGGCAGAGGCCAUGCUUAAGCAACGGGACCAGGAGCUGGAGGCCCUGCGGGCAGAUAGCCAGUCCUCCCAGCGUCGGGAGGAGGCUGCCCGAGGCCAGGCUGAGGCUUUGCAGGAGGCUCUCAGCAAGGCUCAAGCUGCCCUGCAGGAGAAAGAGCAACAUCUCCUUGGACAGGCAGAACUGAGCCGCAGCCUAGAGGCCAGCACGGCCACCUUGCAGGCUGCCCUGGACUCCUGCCAGGCACAAGCCCGGCAGCUGGAGGAGGUCCUAAGGAAGCGGGAAGGUGAGAUCCAGGACCGGGAUCUCCGACACCAGGCGGCCGUGCAGGAGCUCCAGCAGGCGCUUGCACAGAGGGAUGGAGAAUUGAGACAUCAGAGGAAACAGAGGCAGCUGCUGGAGAAGUCUCUGGCCCAGAGGCUCCAAGAGGAUGUGAUCCAAGAGAAGCAGAAUCUGGGCCAGGAGAGAGGAGAGGAAGAGAUGAGGGGCCUUCAUGAGAGCCUAAAGGAGCUACAGCUGACUCUAGCACAAAGGGAAGAGGAGAUCCUGGAGCUGAGAGAGCAAAGGAAGAAUCUGGAGGCCUCAGCCCACAGCCGCAAAGCCUCCCCAGAGGAGGAGCCCUCUACAAAACUUGAUUCUUUAGGACCCAGGCUGCAGCAGGAGCUGGAGCGAUUACAGGCAGUCCUGAGGCAGACGGAGGCCAGGGAGAUUGAGUGGAGGGAGAAGGCCCAGGACUUGGCGCUGUCCCUGGCCCAGAGCAAGGCCAGUGUUAGCAGUCUGCAGGAGGUCGCCAUGUUCCUCCAAGCCUCUGUCCUGGAGCGGGACUCAGAACAGCAGAGGCUACAGGAUGAGUUGGAGCUCACCAGACAGGCCCUGGAGAAGGAGCGCCUCCACAGCCCUGGCCCGACCAGCAGAACAGAACAGGGACCCAGAGGAGAGGCAGGUGGACAGCUGGGCCAGGUCUCAGGGGUAGAGGCAGAGCCUAGUGCUGGGAUGGAGGAGAAGCAGCCAUGGGAACACAGGCUUGAACACCUGCAGCAAGCAGUGGCACAGCUGGAGGUUGACCGGAGCAGGCUACAGCACCACAAUAUCCAGCUGCGGACCACCUUGGAGCAGGUGGAGCGAGAGCGGAGGAAGCUGAAGAGGGAUUUCCUGCGCUCAUCGAGAUCAGGGGUCCUGGAGACCAGUGAAGCCACAGCAUCAUCCCCCACACCACAGAAUGGAAGAGGACAGAAGGGCUCUUCAGAGGCCAAGCACAUGGUUGAACUGCAGAAAGAGGUGGCCCUGCUGCGAGCCCAGCUGGCCUUGGAGCGGAAGCAGAAGCAGGACUACAUCGCUCGCUCGGUCCAGACCAGCCGUGAGCUAGCAGGCCUGCACCACAGCCUCUCCCACUCCCUUCUUGCCGUGGCCCAGGCCCCCGAGGCCACUGUCCUGGAGGCUGAGACCCGCAAACUGGACGAGUCCCUGACUCAGAGUCUGACAUCCCCAGGGCCAGUCCUGCUAUGCCCCAGCCCCAGCCCCCGUGCUUCCCAGGCCACCUCCAGGUAGCAGCCUCAGCCAGGGCAGGACUCAGGUCAGCCUGGGAGCACACAGACAGACAGACAGAUGGCUGUAGAGUGGGUGGUGGCCCCUCCACACAGCUGCAAGUUUGCCAAAGGAAAGGUCCAGCUGUUAUCUAACCUGGGAGCCCCAGGUCAGCUGGCAUUCCCAGGAAGAGAGAAGGAAACCUGCAAGGCUUGGGGGAAGGUCCCAACUGACAUGGGAAGGAGACAAGUUAACCUUGCCUGCUAGCCUGCAGAGUCCCCCAGAGGCAUGCCUUGCCCUGGCCCAGGGGCAUGUACUGCCUCUCUAGAAUUUAUUAUCCCAGCCCUUUGCCCUCUCCUUCCUCUUCCCUUUCCCCUUCAAUAAUAAACUCUAGAUUUUUGCAUUU